UCCAAAAUCAAAAUCAAAACAAACACACGUGUGAGGUGUUCAUACUUCGUGCAAAUUUUUAUUGAAAUUACGAUUAAUUAAUCUGAUUUUAGAGUGUUUUACGUGCAUUUUGUUCGAGUUGAUAAUGGGUUUACCGGAGAAAGCCUUGAUGCGAAAGAUUCGUAAAACAGAAGAGAAAAGAAAGAUGAAGAUGAAAAAGAAAAAAGACAAGCAAUUAAAAAAUGAAACGGUGACAGAAGAACCUCAGAAACAAGAAGCUGAAGCUUCAGAUACAACACCUCAAGUCGUAGUUGAAAAAUCCUUCGCUAAUCUAAGGGGUAAAGUCAGCGAGCAAACAUUGACCAGUAUAACUGAAAUGGGUUUCGAAACGAUGACCGAUAUUCAAGCACGUGCGAUUCCAGUUUUAUUAAAAGGCUGUGAUUUAGUCGGCUCAGCUAGAACUGGUUCCGGAAAAACUUUAGCAUUUCUCAUACCAGCAAUCGAACUGAUUCAUAAGUUAGAAUUCACCCUUCGAAAAGGCACAGGUUGUAUAAUCAUAUCUCCUACUCGAGAAUUAGCCAUGCAGACGUUCGGUGUACUUAAAGAGCUAAUGAAACAUCAUAAUCAUACUUACGGUCUUCUAAUGGGCGGAGCUGAUCGGAAAGCUGAAGCUCAGAAACUGUUCAACGGAGUUAAUAUCAUCGUAGCCACUCCUGGUAGAUUACUCGAUCAUCUGAAAAAUACUUCCGACUUCGUGUACAAAAAUUUACAUUGUUUGAUUAUCGACGAAGCUGAUCGUAUUCUAGAUAUUGGAUUCGAAGAAGAACUCAAAGGAAUUAUUAAUGAGUUACCAAAACACAGACAGACGAUGAUGUUCAGUGCUACGACCACCGAUAAGACCGAAGCUCUGAAAAAAUUCGCUUUGAAAGAAAAACCUGUCAGUAUUGAAGUUGAAGAUAACAGAGAAAUUGCAACUGUUGAAGGCUUAGAACAAGGUUACGUAGUUUGCCCAUCAGAUAAAAGAUUUUCAUUGCUGUUUACAUUUUUGAAGAAAAAUCGCAACAAGAAGAUAAUGGUUUUUUUCAGCUCCUGUAUGUCGGUUAAAUUCCACCACGAAUUAUUGAAUUAUAUCGAUAUGCCAGUCAUGAGCAUUCACGGAAGACAAAAGCAACUCAAACGAACGACAACAUUUUUCCAAUUUUGUAACGCCGAAAAAGGUAUAUUAUUGUGUACGGAUGUAGCUGCCAGAGGUUUAGAUAUCCCAUUAGUCGAUUGGAUCGUCCAAUUCGAUCCACCCGAUGAUCCUAAAGAAUACAUUCAUCGAGUAGGACGUACUGCUAGAGGAGCCAACGCCAGUGGACAAGCUUUACUCAUUUUAAGAUCCGAAGAAUUAGGUUUCUUACGAUACUUGAAACAAGCCAAGAUCCCUCUGAACGAGUACAAUAUUUCAUGGUCUAAAGUAACCGACGUUCAACCACAAAUGCAGCAAUUAAUUCAGAAGAAUUACUUCCUCCAUAUGUCGGCUAAAGAAGCAUUCAAAUCGUACAUUAGAGCUUACGACGCGCACCAUAUGAAGGAUAUUUUCAACGUAGAGACCAUAGACUUAGCUAAAGCUGCGACUUCGUUUGGAUUCUAUGUACCCCCAGCUAUUGAUUUGAGUGUCGGAUCUAGUAAACAAAACAGACCGAGAAAAAGGAAAGCUGGCGGAGGAUUUGGAAAUUUUAAUAAUCUGAGUAAAAAAGCUAAAAGUUGUAAUAAGCAAUACGUGUACAAGCAACCGAAGUAAAAUACAUGAUUGUUUUUUAGUUAAA